AUGUCAACACCACCUGCGGCUGCGACAAGCCCGAAAAGUGAAAAAAGCCCCGCCAAAAGUAGGACCAAAAGUCCCUCAAAGAGCCCCUCACAGGAGGCGCAGACGAACGUGGGAAUUACCGGUGUCUUGGAACCCGAGCAUUGGCAACAACUCGCCGAGGAAGAAGAGAAUCCUGAUGAUGACGCUCAUUCGUUAAGCGAAGAGAGUCUCAACUCUUCAACAGCUUCCGUCACCUCUAGUAUCUUUGAGUAUCGAAAGCUCCAUGGCAGAACAUAUCAUCGCGAAAUUGGCAGUGCACAAUAUUGGGCUGCUAAUGACGAGCGACAAAGCGAAUUGCUUGACAUCAACCAUCACUGUUUGACUCUGGGUAUCGGAGGAAAGCUUCACCUCGCGCCAAUUGAUACAAGCAAGAUCACGAAAGCUCUUGACAUCGGAACUGGCACCGGUAUUUGGGCUUUAGAUUUCGCCGAUGAACAUCCUAAUAUUGAAGUCAUCGGUACCGAUGUUUCUCCAAUUCAGCCCUCUUGGGUCUCACCCAAUGUGCAAUUUGAAAUCGAAGAUUGCACCCAAGAGUGGACUUUUACACCUAACUCAGUUGACUACAUUCACAUCCGCUGGCUCAUUGGCGCCAUCCCCGAUUGGUACAGGUUUUUUAGUGAAGCUUACAAGACUUGCAAGCCUGGUGGUUGGGUCGAGAGUUUCGAACCGUCGGGCAUUAUCACUAGCGACGAUGACACUGUCAAGGAAAACUCUGCUUUGGACCAGUGGGGCAAGAUCUUCAUUGAGGGAGGCAAGAAAUUGGGUUCAAGCUUUACAGUUUACGAAGAUGAGACCCAGCGGAAAGCCAUGGAGGCUGCUGGCUUUGUUGACAUUCAGCAAUUUGAGUACAAGACCCCUAUUGGAGGAUGGCCAAAGGAUUCAGCACUGAAAGAGUUGGGCCAAUUCGCCAAGAUGGCCUUCCUUGCCGACCCUGAAGGAUUUGUCCUUUUCGUUGCCAACACGAUCGGUUGGUCGGAGUCUGAGGUUCACGUCUUCCUUGCACAUGCGCGUAAAGAGAUUCACUCAGGCAAGCACCAUCCUUAUUAUAAACAGCGUGUAGUCUGGGGUCGUAAGCCCGAAGAGUAA